CCGCCCGGCUGGGAGAAGCGCAUGAGCCGCAGCUCAGGCCGCGUGUACUACUUCAACCACAUCACCAAUGCCAGCCAGUGGGAGCGGCCCAGCGGCACUGGCGGCGGCGGUGGAGGCGGCGGAGGUGGCAGCAAAAACGGGCAGGGGGAGCCCGCCAGGGUCCGCUGCUCACACCUGCUGGUCAAGCACAGUCUGGUGGGCAACACAGCCUCCGUCAUCUCUGCCCUGGAACUGCACAGCAGUCUAGAUGAUCAGGAGGUGAUGGUUCCGGUGGUGUGGGCCCAGCCGGCAGGCCGUGGGGGCACAUGUCCAGUGCCCUGGAAAGCCCGAGCUCCUCCAUGCCCCAAGGGGACCAGCUGCCAGCAGGACCAGCGCUGCCCACUUCCUGCUGAGGCUUCUCUGCAGCAGCUGGCCGGCUGUCAGGGACCUGAACCCUGUGGGCUUGCCGGUGUCCUUGACGAAGAAGGGCGGGCCAAAACCGGCCUCGCUGCAGCCCUGCACGCCUGGUGCCAGGCACUGGAGGUCCCCACCGCGUGUCUGGACCCAGGCCCAGCCCAGGGGGCCAGGAGGGGUCAGCCGCCCAGCAGGGACGCUGUCGGGGUGCGCGGCAGGACAGGGUGGCUGGCCUGGGUCGGGGCAAGGUCUCCCGUCCUCGGGGGCUGUCCGGGACUCAGAAGGUACUGGCAGCUCCUCCCAUCCGGUCCACGCAUGCACCUGUGCCGUUACUCACACUCACGCACGCAGCGCUCUCGAACGCUGCUCCCAAACCCGAGUCACCCAGGCUACAUCCAGAAGAUCAAGUCAGGAGAGGAGGACUUUGAGUCUCUGGCCUCACAGUUCAGCGACUGCAGCUCGGCCAAGGCCAGGGGAGACCUGGGUGCCUUCAGCAGAGGUGGGGGAGGAGCCCGCCCCCCCCGCGCCCCGUGUGCCCUGCUUUCUGCCGCGUGGCCACCAGGUGGCAGCACGGCCCCUCCCUCGUCCUUUCCUGGGGUCUCGGCCUGGGUGGUUCUACACUGCCGUCCAUCGCGGGCCCAGCAGGGUCCCCCAGAGUCUUCCUUUGCAGCCUGAAACAUGGGGAAACCAGGGGUGGGAGGGGGCAGAUCAGAUGGGCCACGGUGGAGGGAACUGGGGAGCCAGGGUGACCCUCUGCGCCCCCCAACCCUCGGGGUCUGCAGGGCCUGGCCGGGCCGCAGUGCACGGGCAGCUGC